CCGAACUGGAAUUUACUUUGAACGGAAUGGCGGUUUUAAUUUACGUAGUUUUGGUUUCAUAUGUUAGUGCAGAAGGAUAACUGUAAUUGAUGAACGGAACUCUUUACUUUAUUUCCUUUUCUAAAUGAACUCCGAAGCUUUAAAAAUUUCUUUAAUGAAGUAAACUGAAACUACAGUUACUUGGCUCUUUGGCCAAUUUUAUAGCUAUGGAAAUAAAUGAUAGUUUAGAGACUUUCUGUGUUGCAGGGAAAGGCCUUACCAAGGACUUAAUCAAAGUCCAUUGUAAUCCGAAGUAUAAUAUGAAGCCACAUCCGAUUUUCCAGCAUUCGAUUGAAAAAUUGUGGAUAGAAAAAUCAAAGACAGGAGUUAAUUUGUUUAAUGCUUCAAAAUUUAGGUUUUAUGGACUAAAAGUUGAAGAUCCAACAAUAUGCAACUUACUCCCGAGGAUCACGUGUUUUUUAGGUAUAACUAAUUAUAAAGAAUUCAUCGGUACGAACUAUGCUCCGCAUGCCGAGCAACUUGUCAAGGAUGGAAUGACUAAUUAUUCUGAUCCUCAGGCAUACUUGGCAAAUCCGUUAGGUGUUGGUGCUCUACUAGAAACUCGAAACGGCGAUAUAGUAUUUAUGCGUAGAAGUAAUACUUGUGCUGAAAUGCCUGGUCGUAUAGAUCGUCCUGGUGGUCAUCCAGAACCUGAUGAAGUUAAAAAUGCAUCUUGUGAACGUAUGGAAUGUGUCAAACCUGCUCAUAUUGUCGAUGAAUUAUUUGAAUCUGUCCUGAAAGAAAUAAGGGAUGAAAUAAAUAUUCCUAUUAAAGCUCUUUCUUAUCCUGUGCUUCUGGGUAUUUCUUAUAAUCCGGACACGUGCCGAAAGCCUUCACUGGAAUUUUAUGUAAGUGCCAAGUGAAUUGUGGCCACAAAAAAGGAAUUUAAUCUGGCUUGACUGCUUCUUCUUCGAAAUGGAUGGAUGCUCUAAGCAUAAAGUAUCUAUCAGUAUUUCUACGCAUUUAUGUCUCAGUGUUUCUACAUCAGUACUUCAAAUAUGUUGUGUUAUCAUUACAUAUAUAUACAUUCAUGCAGAAAAUUAAGAUAAUUUGCAAGAAUUUCCAGCUCUCAUGGAACCUAUUUGGCUGUAUGAUUUAAUGUUGUUCAAUGACUCUACUAUAUAAUGAUGUAAAUAGGGAUUUGCAAGGAAAACGACAACCUGCUAAUAGUUUGUUUGAGAUCUAUGAUCCUUAGAGCACAAACUUGAUGCGUUAUUGAAUGAAUGAUUGGAUUAUUUUAAACUGUGCGAGGAAAAUAAUUCAGGAUAGUAAAUGUAGGUUGUAGUAAAUGGUAGUUAUAGUGUUAUGUAAAUAAUUAUGUAAUUCUGGCUCUUUCCUGUUACAUACACACACAUUAUUUUCUAAAAAGAUCCCAGCAAGAGCAUUGUUUGGGCGAAUUCUUUUUUACUUUAAACUUGCUAUCCUCUUUUUCUGUAACUAUGCCAUAACAUAGUAUUAUAAUUUAACUUUAUGAUAUAGUUUUAUACUUUAUUUAAUUUGCACUUCGACGAAUAUUUCAGACACCUACUGUCCCAUUACUCACAUUUUGAUUCACAUCUAGCUGCAUAAAUAGGAUUCUGCCUCUUUCUAAAAUUUUCCAUAAUCAUGCCAAUUUUUGCCCUUCUUUGCUAAAUUUCUAGCCUAUGCCUUUUUCGGACAUGUUCACGAGGUUUUUUAAUGAAAAAUGCAUUGUCCCCUGAGAUUUUUCUAGUUUCUGCUUUCACAGAUACUUAACUGAAAUAGUUUUAUAUUCAUUGCAAAUUAUUAGUUGAAAUUUUCGUAUACUGAGAGUAAAUAAAUUGAAAUAUUUAGUGUAAUACAGUCAAAAGUCGUUAAUUCGGACACCCAUAAUCCGGAAUGAUCUAUAAUC